CCCGGGCGGCGUGCAGGCGGCGGCGAGCGCUCAGCGGCUCGGCUCUCCCCGCGCCCCGCCGCGCCGCGCAGCGCAGCGCACAGGUCGGCUAAGUCGAGAGCCUCAGACUGUCAGCACCAGGGAGAGGCAAAGUCCGGGCAAAACUCCUUUGUCAGAGUCAGUGGAGAGAGGGCUAGAUCAGAGCACCGCUAGAUGUCACUCUGAGCCCUUGGGAGCCAUGUCUGGGCCCCGUUCACAGGCCGAGGCUGGCACACUGGCCAUGUGCAGCCCUGAGGAGGCGGCCCUGCUCCGGCUAGAGGAGGUCUUCUCAGCCACUCUCGCCCGAAUUAACAGCCGUGUCCUCCAGCCCCUGUUCACGGACGCCCCAGAGGCCUCGGACCCCGAGAGCAGAGAAUGCCUGCAGCUCCUGCAGCAGCUGCACAGGAGCUCCCAGCAGCUCUGGGAGGUGACAGAGGACAGCUUGCGUUCACUGCGGGAGAGGCUGUGCCACCCAGACACCAUCGGUCUAGAAUCUCUGCUGCUGCUGCGUGGUGCUGACCAUGUCCUGCAGGUCCAUGUGGAGUACAUCGAGUCCUACACAAACUGCGUGGUGAUGCAGGCCUUUCAGAAGGCGGCAAAGAGGAGGAGCGACUACUGGCGGCGCCAGCGGAAGGCGCUGCGGCAGCUCCUAUGGGGCGUGAGCUCCGAGGGCUCGGUGGGCACCGCGCUGGUCCAGGCCCUCCGCCAGCCACUCACUCAUCACGUGCAGCAGUAUGUGCUCCUCUUGCUGAGCCUCAGGGACACCAUGGGGGAGCGUCACCCCACCCAGGAGCUGGUGGUACAUGCAACCACCCUCUAUGGGAACCUACAGUCCUUCGUGAGGCAGGCUCUGGACCAGGCCGUGGCCACGCAGGCCCUCUGGCGCACGCUGAGCAGCCGGCCGAGGGACGCACUCUGCACUCCUGCUCGCCGACUCUUGCAGGACAGCCAGGACGUGCCCGUGACGGUGACCCCACUGCGGGCAGAGCGGGUGCUGCUCUUUGAUGAUGUCCUCGUCCUUCUGCAGGGCCACAAUGUCCACACCUUCGACCUGAAGCUGGUGUGGGUGGAUUCUGAGCAGGACGGGUGCAUGUUUCACCUCCUCACACCCGAGGAAGAGUUCUUUUUUGGCUCCAAGGACCCCCAGGGCCAGGUGGUCUGGCAGUGGAAGGUGACGCAGGCCGUGUGCCAGGCCCUGCGUGGGAAGAAGGACUUCCCGCUGCUGGGGGCGGGCCUGCAGCCCUCCAAGCCGCCCAUCUGCCGCUCCAUGGCAUACACCUUCCUCGCAGAGGGCCGGCUCUGCCAGGCCACCUAUGAGGGCGAGUGGUGCCAGGGCAGGCCCCAUGGCAAGGGAACCCUGAAGUGGCCAGACGGGCGGAAUCACGUGGGGAAUUUCUGCCAGGGCCUGGAGCACGGCUUUGGCAUCUGCCUGGUGCCUCAGGCCUCUGAGGACAAGUUUGACUGUUAUAAGUGCCACUGGCGGGAAGGCAGCAUGUGCGGCUAUGGCAUCUGUGAGUACGGCACCCAGGAGGUGUACAAGGGCUACUUCCAGGAGGGCCUGAGGCAUGGAUUUGGGGUCCUUGAGAGCACCCUGCAGGCCCCUCAGCACUGCAAGUACACGGGCCACUGGGAGCGGGGCCAGAGGAGCGGCUAUGGCGUCGAGGAGGACGGUGACAGGGGGGAGCACUACAUUGGCAUGUGGCAGGCUGACCAGCGACAUGGGCCGGGGAUCAUGGUCACCCAGGCAGGAGUCUGCUACCAAGGGACCUUCCAGGCAGAUAAGAUGGUGGGCCCAGGGGUCCUCCUCUCUGAAGAUGACUCCUUGUACGAGGGCACCUUCACCAGGGACCUGACCCUCAUGGGGAAGGGCAAGGUCACCUUCCCCAAUGGCUUCAUCCUGGAGGGCUCCUUUGGCAGUGGGACAGGGAGAGGACUGCAUACUCAGGGUGUGCUGGACACAGCUGCCCCCCUGCCUGACCCAUGCAUCACCUGCAAGAGGCAGCUGGGCCUGGGCGCCUUCCCCGUGGAGAGCCGCUGGCAGGGUGUCUAUGGCCCCUUCUGGGACUUCAUACGUGCAGGCUGCCCUGGGGACCUGCAGGAGGCCCUGCUGGGCUUCCACGUGCAGAGCUCGAGGGAACUGCGCAAGUCCCAGGAGUACCUGUGCUGCGAGAGAACCCAACUGGAUGACAGUGCGGGAAGAAUGGAAGACAUCCUGGAGGAGCUGCUGCAGCACCGGGACCCCGAAGCUCUGCAGCAGUGCCUCAGCAAGGCUCUGAGCAACUCGCUGCAUCCCCUGGGAAAGCUGCUCCGGACUCUGAUGCUGACCUUCCAGGCCACAUACGCGGGUAUUGGGGCCAACAAGCAUCUGCAGGGGCUGGCCCAGGAGGAGGUGAAGCAGCAUGCCCAGGAGCUCUGGGCUGCCUACAGGGGUCUGCUGCAGGUUGCCUUACAGCGCAAGGGCCAGGCCCUGGAGGAAGAGGAAGACACAGACACAAGGGACCGGCAGGUGCACGGAUUGAUGCUGCCCCUCAUGCUGCCCAGCUUCUACUCGGAGCUCUUCACCCUCUACCUGCUUCUUCAUGAGAGAGAGGACAGUCUCUACAGCCAGGGCAUCACCAACCUGAGCCUGUUCCCCGACACCAAGCUGCUUGAGUUCUUGGAUGUGCAGAAGCACCUGUGGCCCCUCAAGGACCUCACACUGACGACCAAUCAGAGACACUCCCUGGUGAGGGACAAGUGCUUCCUGUCGGCUACUGAGUGUCUGCAGAAGGUCAUCAGCACGAUGGACCCCCGGGAGAAGCUGCAGGUGCUGGAGAGGACGUAUGGAGAGAUUGAGGCCACUGUGUCUCGGGUGCUGGGCCAGGAGCACAAACUGCCCAUGGAUGACCUGCUGCCACUGCUGCUCUACGUGGUGUCACGUGCCCGAAUCCAGCACCUGGGGGCCGAGAUCCACCUGAUCCGCGAUAUGAUGGACCCCAUCCACAUAGGGGGCCUGUAUGACUUCCUCCUCACGGCCCUCGAGUCAUGUUACGAGCACAUCCAGAAGGAAGACAUGCACCGCUUGCCCAGCCGCCGGGACUCUGGGGAGCCCUGGUAGCUUGGCCUCUCCAGGACAAACUGCCGUGGAUUUCCCGUGGAGCGAGCAUGGCCCAGCCUGGCACCUUGUGGCCCAAAGAGCAGAGGGCAGCUCUUGGAGGCGGCUCUUGGAGGAGAUGAAUGUUGAGUUUCUC